AGGCCCCGGCGGCGGCGGGGGAGGGACGCGGCCGCGCACUUCCGGGGCGGCGGCGGCGGCGGCGGCGCGUGGGAGCGGAGCGGGCCGGACCGGGCCGGGCCGGCGCGAUGGCCGACCUCCGGCGUCCCGGCGUCCCCCCGUGACAACCCGGCUUGGCCAGAGCGGUUCGGCCGCCCGCCCGCAGCGCCCAGGAUGGAGCGGCUGGACGCCGCCGCGGCGAGCCGGGACCCGCUGCGCCACGUCCUGGUGGCCCUCUUCGCCAUGGGCUCCUGGCUCUCCGUCAACUCGCUCUGGGUGGAGCUGCCCGUCGUCGUCAAGCUUCUGCCCGAAGGCUGGAGCCUGCCCGCCUACCUCUCCCUGCUCAUCGCGCUGGGCAACGUGGGCCCGGCGGCGGUGACCCUGGCGCAGCGGCUGGCCCCGGGCAGCCUGGACGAGCGGCGCGUCAUCUACGGCAUCCAGGCGCUGGCGGUGGCGGCCGCCUUCUUCCUGGCGCUCUUCUGGGACCACGCCGUGGCCGUGGCCGGGCAGGACCGCAGCGUCGCCUACCUCGUGCUGGCCUUCGCGCUGGCCACCCUCUGCUGCACCUCCAACGUCACCUUCCUGCCCUUCAUGUGCCGCUUCCCGCAGGCCUUCGUCCGCACCUUCUUCAUCGGGCAGGGCCUGAGCGCCCUGUUCCCCUGCGUGCUGGCGCUGGCGCAGGGCGUGGGGCAGGUGGAGUGCCCCAACGGCACCCAGCCCCGCUACCUGCAGGAGCGUUUCCCCGCCACCGUCUUCUUCUGGCUCACGCUGGCGCUGCUGGCCACCUCGGCGCUGGCCUUCCUGGCGCUGGUGGCGGGGCCCGGUGCCCCGGAGCGGCCCGGCACCUCCAAGGAGAGCGUGGCCGCCGAGGAGUCCUUCCCGCUGCAGGACGGCGCCGCGCCGGCAGACGGCCCCGCGCCGGGGACCCCGGCACCCGGCACCCGCCCGCCGCGGCGUACCGCCUACCUGCUGGCGCUGCUGGCCGCCUCCAACGCCCUCACCAACGGCGUGCUGCCCGCCGUGCAGAGCUACUCGUGCCUGCCCUACGGCGCCCUGGCCUUCCACCUCGCCGUGGUGCUCAGCAACGUCGCCAACCCCCUGGCCUGCUUCGCCGCCAUGUUCCUGCUCUGCAGGUCGGCCGUGGGCCUGGCCGCCAUCUCGGCGCUGGGAGCGGCGUUCGGCGCCUACCUGAUGGCGCUGGCUGCCCUCAGCCCCUGCCCGCCCCUGGUGGGAAGCGCCCUGGGCACGGCGCUGGUGGUGCUGUCGUGGAUCCUCUUCGUGGGGCUCUUCUCCUACCUGAAGGCCGUGGCGGGCAGCCUGCUGCACGAGGCCGGCCGCGGCGCGCUGCUCUGGUGCGGGGCCGCCAUCCAGGCGGGCUCGCUGCUCGGCGCCCUCGCCAUGUUCCCCGCCGUCAGCGUCUACCGCCUCUUCCGCAGCGGCCAGGACUGCGUCGACAGCUGCGCCGCCUGAGCGCGGCCCCCCCGCCGCCCCCCCCCCCCCCCCCGGGGCCCCCCGGCUGCACCCAUAUACCUCACUGAGGCCGGGGGCUCGUGCCCGCGCCGCCCGGCCCCUCGCUGUUACCCCCCCGGGGCAACCUGGGGGCUGCCAGAGCUGGAAUAAAGUUUUGUACUGCC